ACAUUAUCCGGACUGACUUUGCACACGCACACAAUGGAGGCGGUGACAUCUAGCAGACCUUACCACAUCGUAGUUUUUGGUGCUUCGGGCUUCACUGGCAAGUUUGUAGUUGAAGAAGUAGCUCGCUACGCCGCCGACAGCACCCCAGACAACCGUCUAAAAUGGGCCGUGGCCGGCAGAAGCGGAGAGCGUCUCAAGGGGAUGCUCGAGCAGGUCGCCAACAGGCUAGCCAUGCCCGAGUUGAGCACAGACGUUGACAUCAUCGUAGCAGAUGUGUCCAGCAAAGAAUCUCUGGCCGUCAUGUGCCAACAGGCUCUGGUUAUUCUCAACUGUGUGGGCCCGUACAGGUUUUAUGGCGAGCCGGUGGUCGCUGCAUGCGUGGAGAAUGGAGCUCACUACAUUGACAUCUGUGGAGAGCCUCAGUUUCUGGAGCGCAUGCAGUUGGAGUACCACAGUAAGGCCUUGGACAAAGGGGUGUAUGUAAUUGGUAGCUGCGGCUUUGACUCCAUACCAGCAGACUUGGGAAUUCUCUAUACUCAGAGCCACUUUAAAGGGACGCUGACAGCAGUGGAGAGCUUCCUAACAAUAAGCAGUGGGCCUGAGGGCUCAUGCGGUCAUGAUGCCACUUGGCAGUCGGCUGUGCACGGCUUUGCGGAUAGUAGCUCCCUUCGCCGGGUGAGGAGGAAGUUUGGCCACAAGCCGCUUCCUGUCGUAGGAACCAAAGUUCGCCAGAGAGGUUUUGUGUUUUAUAGCAAAGAGAUAACGCAGUACGCCAUCCCUUUUAUGGGUUCGGACCCGUCUGUAGUGAAGAGAACACAGCGUUUCCUUUACCAGGAGGAAUGUCGGUCACCUAUCCAAUAUUGUGCAUAUGUCGGGAUAGGUGGUUUCUGCUCAGUUGCCAAGCUCCUUUGCGGCGGACUGCUCUUCUGGGUCAUGGUGAAAUUCCGCCUGGGCAGGAAACUUCUCACCAUGUUUCCAAGUUUUUUUUCCUUUGGAAUGUUCAGUAAGGCCGGUCCAACAAUUAAACAGAUUGAAGACACCUGCUUCAACAUGACGUUUUUCGGAGAGGGAUACUCCGAGGGUACAGACCCUUCCCAGGGACCACCCAACGCCAAGAUUUGCACUGAGAUCAUGGGAGCAGAACCUGGUUAUGUGGCCACAGUGAUUGCUAUGGUACAGGCAGCAGUAACAGUGCUGAAAGAAAAAUACUCCCUUCCCAGAAGGGGAGGAGUGUACACACCAGGAAGUGCCUUCCACAAAACCAGUCUCAUUGACCGCCUUCAUAAUCAUGGUUUCAAGUUCUCUGUGAGACACUACGAAGAAGCCACGAAAGCUUAAGCCCCUUCGUUGUUUGUGAGUGUUCCACUUGAUCUGUUGCGGAGUGCAUUGGAGCUGUAAAUGAUAAUCUCGGAAGUGACAUAAAUGCACUCAAAGGGACUACUGGAGACAGGUGUGCCUUUGCAGGGUUUUUUUUCCAAUCACUUUAGGUUGAACUAUAAAACUGGCAAUUAAAAACAAGAUUUCAAUCAAAGGGGAAAAAUGGAGAAGGAAAAACCCAACUGAGAUCAGCAACCAGGUUCUAAAUUGCUUUGCUGUAGGGAUUUCUCUAUUGUUGUUUUGAGAUAGUUUAGUUAAUUGUGGAACAUUUUGCAAUUACGCUGUAAAAGAGUAAAUAAUAAUUUAAUCAACAAAUAUAUACGUACCAUUGUUAUGCAUGACUGAAAAUAUCUAUGAAUCAUAAUGUUGUAAUUUCAACAAGGGAAAAGCAUUUGGAGAUUAGAAUAAAAAA